CAGGAGCGUGGAUGCGGCAGCAGGCAGGUAUGGUAGUGACCAGGAUGCAGGCCAGGUGCAGGACCGUGGGUGCAGCAGCAGGUAAGUUUGGCAGCCGUCAGGAUGCAAGCCAGGUGCAGGUAAGUAGGUGCAGCAGAGUCAGACAAGCCGGGUCAGUAUUAAACGAACAGAUCAAGUACAAGGGAGCAGGCAAGUGGAUAGUCAGGGAUAGCCGGUCAGAUCAGAAUACAGGCAACAGAAUUGGGUAAUAAGUGCAGGGACGUUGAAGAC